AUGUCCUGUAUAGAUUUAUCUUGGACGACUGCAACGACUGCGUUAGUCGCAGCAGUCACGGUAUCGAAGGCCUUCAAGUUCGUGUCCGGUCUAAAGGCAGUGGAUUACCUUCCGGGCCUAUGGGUGCCAUUCCAGCCUCUCAGUUUGCUCGGCGUGCUCGUACCAGAAAGGUCAUGGAAUCCAGGAGUAAUCUUCGUCUGGACGUGGAGGCAUACUAGAAAUAUUUAUCGUCGCUUUGGCAGUGACACGGUCUCGGUGGUACCUUUUUUCUCUGGCGUACCGUCAAUAUAUACGCGAUCGCUGGAUGUCGCCAAGCAGGUCGUGACCAUUGGUCAUAAGACGGGUGCAUUUGGGAAGACUGAUGAUAUGGGUCGUGUGUUUCUAUUUUGGGGUCCGAAUGUCGUUGCAGCGACGUCCCAGGAUCAAUGGAGAAAGCACAGGAGGAUCACUGCACCUGCAUUUAAUAAUGAUACUUAUCAACUUGUCUGGAAUACUACAAAUAAAGUAUAUUCUGAAAUGAUUGACUGUGAAGGGUGGGGAGAGAAAAGGACAAUAGACGUUCAACGUGUCCAAUCACUGACAACCAAAGCUAAGUAUCUGCAGUUCACCCUCAUCAUCAUGGCCACUGCCGGCUUCGGUCUCCCAUUUUCCUGGGGAGACCCCCCCUCUCAUGAUGGUCGAAUGACAAUUCAGCAAUGCAUGGAGAUUAUAACGCUUAGAAAUACCUUUGCGAUUGCAGCUCCAAAAUGGGCUUGGAAACUGCCGCUGUCAUGGAUUCGGCAGACCCGUCAAGCGUUCGAUAUCAUGAGAGCAUUCAUGGAUUCCCACGUCCGGGCGAGGAGUGAAGCCAUAAAUUCUUCAGUAGAUAAUGACACAUCGAAAGACAUCCUUUCAUUGUUUGUUCGAGCGAACGAAAAUGAUGAGGGAAAACUACGUCUGGACAACAAAGAAUUGAUCGGAAAUGUCUUUGCAUUGCUAUUUGCUGGCCAUGAGACCACAUCAAGCAGUCUGGCAGCUACCCUUGGUUUCUUAUCAUUACAUCCAUCUAUUCAAGAUGAGAUAGUCGAGCAAGUCCACGAAGUCACUAAAGGGCGCGAAAAUGGCGAGAUUACAUACGAAGACUAUAACAAACUGGACAAGGCUAUCGCAGCAUUUUAUGAAGGAACUAGAAUGUUCCCUGCUGGUGUCUAUCUCAUAAGGGAGGCGAAACAAGAUACAGUGCUUAAUCUUUCGGGCAAUGGCGAGGAACCGAAGUUGUUGCCAGUCAAGAAAGGUACACAUGUCUUGGUCGACAUGAUUGGUGUCCAUUACAACCCAAAAUAUUUCCCUGACCCAGAAGAGUUCAAACCUGCACGGUGGUUUGCGAAUAACACGAGCAAUGCACAUAUUAUAGACGGCGAAGAUCACACUAGUUUUAGCGUCGGCCCGCGGUCCUGCCUUGGCAAAAAGUUCGCGAUGACCGAGGGCGUUUGUUUCCUAGUACUGCUUCUACGUGACUGGCGCGUUGAGCCUCUCCUGUCUGUCAAUGACUCUACCGGAGAGAAGGAAACCAAAGAGGAAUGGCGCGAAAGAGUUAUGCAGGCCAAAAUGACUGUCACGUUAGGCGUCAUGGAUGUUCCGCUGACAUUUACAAAGCGAGUCUGA